ACGGACUACUAACCCGAUGACGUCUUUGGAAUAUUAGUUUAGUAUUUUGGUAUAACCUAGAUCACCACCACAUGAGCUAAGCGCUGUCUGCAAAUGCUUGACUGGCUGACGUUCGGCUGGGCGAAGAGCACGGGACCGGACCAAACGGGCGGCCGUGGGUAUGGGAUCCCGGAGGGUCCCACCGACUCCCAGCGUUCAACGCGUUGAUCCCAGCGUGCACCGCGGCGCGCAGGGCCGGCGACGAGGGUUUAGGCGCGAUUGCUGGCGCGGACUGCGGCAGCUGAGCGGCGGUGUGGCGUGAACCCCUUCGCGUACCGUCGGCCACGGGCAACGCGGCGGGGUCGAAAUGGAAGUGAAGAAUGCCAAUUCUGCGCUGCUCAGUAACUAUGAGGUGUUCCAGUUACUGACUGAUCUGAAAGAGCAGCGUAAAGAAAGUGGAAAGAAUAAACACAGUUCUGGGCAACAGAACUUGAAUACUAUCACCUAUGAAACAUUAAAAUACAUAUCAAAAACACCAUGCAGGCACCAGAGUCCUGAGAUUGUCAGGGAAUUUCUCACAGCAAUGAAAAGCCACAAGUUGACCAAAGCUGAAAAACUUCAGCUGCUGAAUCACAGGCCUAUGACUGCUGUUGAGAUCCAGCUGAUGGUGGAAGAGAGUGAAGAACGGCUCACAGAGGAGCAGAUCGAGGCGCUCCUGCACACCGUAACAAGCAUCCUGCCUGCAGGGCCGGACGAGGAGCAGCAGCAGCACACCAACCAUGAUGUGACAAUGGAUGAAGAGGACUCAGCAUAGGAGGGUGCAGCUGGCCUGAGCAUCUCACAGAGUUGAAAGGCCCAGCAGCCGUUUUUCAGACAUGGAAGAUUGUUUAGUUUCACCCUCUCCCCCAACAGACCUGAUUUCAUGAUUAGUUGGGUAAAUCAUAAAAAAUAAGACUUUCUCAAAAAAUAAGCUAAAAAGAAAUACUUAGCCCCCAGGAGAAGAAACACAGUGAAGACAGGCUGAGGUUGUCAGGGCAGAGCUAAAGGAGGACAGAGUCAAAGAGGACAAUGGCUGUGGAGUCCUCUGCGGUAAAAAUAUUUCUUCUCCAGCCUUUGCCACAACUGUGGGGGAGUCUUUUAUACACAGCUAGUGACAUACUUGCAUUGCCUUUGAUGGGCUGUGUCCUACUAAUUAGUUUCAUCUCCUUCCCUAGGAACUUUCCAAGCAGCGGUGUGACAGGGUGCAGCCAAGAGGGGGACCCCAGAUAGAGAUUUGGAAUGGGGCCCAGAACUCAUGGUGUCCAGAAAAUACUAGGAUGUCCUCACCCCCCCCCCCCAACAGGUGUGAGUUGGGGGAAGGGACGAAUGGAGCAGGGCCAUUGAGAGCUGUUUUGUACAGCAACAGCUUUGCAGCUAACCUCUGGCAGGGUCAUUUGACAUAUCUAUAACCUUUAACUGGUUUCAUGGAUAUGUUAAAUAGCUGUGGCCAUGCUUUGAACCAGGGGGAUGGAAGUAACUUCCACCCAAAUGUAACCGGGGGGCAGGUUCACUGAGUUACAGUGCCCGUGUGAGAGCUUGGACAAGACUGGUUCCACGACAUGGAGCCAUGGCUGUCCAGACUCACAUUGGCAGCCCAGUAAAGCUGGAAGGAUAUGGGAGUGCUGGCAAGUGUAGCGAUUGUGGGAGGAGCCAGAAAUGGGGCUGCAGAGGAGGGUUAGCGUGAGGGAUUUAAACCCAGACUCAGCAGCCAUGUGAGAGAGAGCCACGCGGCAUUGGCAGAGUGAAGACCCCGGCCCCGCAGCCAUGUGAGAAGGAGAGAGCCAUGUGCUUCUGGCGGAGUGGGAACCCCAGCAGCCAUGUGGGAGAGUACCAUGUGGCUUUGCCAGAGUGCGGACUCCUGCAUCCAUGUGAGAGAGAGAGGAUCAUGCGGCUGUGGCAGUGCAGAGAGUCACAUGCUUUUGGCCAGAGUGGGGACCCCCCGCAGCUGGGGUAGAGAGACUCACCAUGUGGCUUUAGCAGAGAACUGCCACUCGGCUUUGGCAGAGUGGUGACACCCCCUCCCCACAGCUCUGGUAGAGAGAAGAACCAUGCGGUUUUGGCCAGAGUGGGGACCCCUGCAGCUUUGGUAGAAGAGGACCACAAGGCCUUGGGGUGCUCCCUUUGGUAGCGUGGCCUGGGAAGUAGGAGAGACUUUGCCUGGAAGAAGGGUGGAAGAACUCUUGCCAGUAGGCCAUGAGAAGGUGCCACAUGUCUUUGGAUUAAUUAGAGAUCCUGCCUGGACAGCAACACAGCCGACAGUGCCAGCGACCUGAAACAUGGACAUUUGCUUUUCCAGAGUUACGGUACCCUGAAUUAGGGCAGCGGGUAAGGGAGCAUUGUGGGUGUCUGUGGGUAUCCAAAAGGACUGAUAUUUUAGUGGAAACAUUGGGUCACUACUUUAAGUCUGUAUAGCUUUAAAUAAACAUUUCCUUUCCUUUUCACAAAUCUCUGGCAUUGAG